UCCGAAUCGGCUCCAUUGUUUGAAGCGUUUGUACAGUUAAAACAUCUUUAUCAGCAGCAGAAACGGUGAUAUUAAUGUGACAGAACAAGGCCUGUUGACUAAAGGAGUUUGAUCCAUUCCAUGAGAAGAGAUCAGACUCUUCAGGACUCAGCUGUGUGUUUGUGUAAACUUUACUAAUAUUUAAAGAUGGAGACUCCUGAUCUGGACACAGAUAAUGUUUCUACACCAUCAAUCAACUGUAAACUCAGGAGAAAGAGAUCAGAAUCACCAACACACAGCUGUAUCUCAAUGAAGAGUGAUCAGUCUAUGCAUCCUCCUCCUGUGUUUAAAGAUGGAGACCCAUCACUUCCACACAGUGAUCUACAGAAGACAGGAAACAGAACAGAAAUGAAGAUGACAGAUACAGAGCACGACCCAGAAUCUGCUGCUGGAAAUGAAAUCCAGAAAAAGUUCAAAUUAAAUUUGAUGAACAAGUUUCAGUGUUUGAAAGGAGUGAUAAUAAACCUGGGAAACCAAACACUCCUGAAUGAGAUCUACACAGAGCUCUACAUCACAGAGGGAGACAGUGGAGAAGUCAAUAAUGAACAUGAGGUGAGACAGAUUGAGGCAGCAUCCAGGAGAAGAACAACAGAGGAAACACCAAUCAAAUGCAAUGACAUCUUUAAGCCUUUAUCUGAACAAGACAAACCCAUCAGAACUGUGCUGACAAAGGGAGUCGCUGGCAUUGGGAAAACAGUCUCUGUGCAGAAGUUCAUUCUGGACUGGACUGAAGGGAAAGUACAUCAGGACGUCCACCUCAUAUUUCCACUUCCUUUCAGAGAGCUGAAUUUGAUGAAGGACCAGACACUGAGUCUGAUGGAGCUCCUUCAUGUCUUUUUUAAGGAAACAAAAGAAACAGAAAUGUUCAGUUUGGAAAAGGUUCUGUUCAUUUUUGACGGAUUGGACGAGUGUCGUUUUCCUCUAGAUUUCCAGAACACAGUGAGAGUGUGUGAUGUAACUGAAUCAGCAUCAGUGCCUGUGCUGCUGAUAAACCUGAUCAAAGGGAAUCUGCUUCCCUCUGCUCUCAUCUGGAUCACCUCCAGACCUGCAGCAGCUGAUCAAAUCCCCUCUGAGUGUGUGGAUCGAGUCACAGAGGUACGAGGGUUCAAUGACCCACAGAAGGAGGAGUACUUCAGGAAGAGGAUCAGUGAUCAGAGCCUGGCCAAUAAUAUCAUCACACACCUGAAGUCAUUAAGAAGCCUCUACAUCAUGUGUCACAUCCCAUUCUUCUGCUGGAUUUCAGCCACUGUUCUAGAGAGAAUGUUGGGUGAAGCAGAGAGUGGAGAGAUCCCCAAGACUCUGACUCAAAUGUACACACACUUCCUCAUCAUUCAGACAAACAUCAUCAGAGAAAAAUACUCAAAGAAGCAGGAAAGUGAUGAAGAAAUGCUUCUUAAACUGGGACAACUGGCUUUUCAGCAGCUGAAGAAAGGGAACCUGAUCUUCUAUGAUGAAGACCUGAGAGAGUGUGGUAUUGAUGUGAGAGAAGCAGCAGUGUACUCAGGUGUGUGUACUCAGAUCUUCAGAGAGGAGUUUGGGCUUCACCAGAGUAAAGUGUACUGCUUUGUUCAUCUGAGCAUUCAGGAGCAUCUUGCAGCUCUGUAUGUGCACCUGACCUUCAUGAAGGAGAAGAGAAAUGUUCUUAAACAGAAUCAAGAUUCUAAACGUUUGAUGAAAGAAAAAAGAAUAUCGGAUGUACACAAGAGUGCAGUAGCUCAGACUUUACAAAGCCUAAUCUUAAUGAAGGAGAAGAGAAAUGUUCUGAUACAAAAGCAGAGCUUCAAUUGGUGGAUGAUAUAUUUUAAAUGUAUAUGCAUCUCAGAUGUACACAAGAGUGCUGUAGAUCAGACUUUAGAAAGUCAGACUGGACAUCUGGAUCUUUUCCUUCGUUUUCUUCUGGGUCUCUCACUGGAGUCCAAUCAUAAACUUUUACAUGCUUUAGUAACACAGACAGGAAGUAGCUUCCAGAACAUAAAGAAAACGUUUCAGUACGUAAAGAAGAAGAUCAGUAAAAAUCUUCCUACAGAGAAAUCCAUCAAUCUGUUCCACUGUCUGAAUGAACUGGGUGAUAAUUCUCUAGUGGAGGAAAUCCAACACUACCUGAAAUCUGGAAAACAAAGUGAACUUUCUUCUUCACAGUGGUCUGCUCUGGUGUUUGUGUUACUGACAUCAGCACAGGAGCUGGAUGAGUUUGACCUGAGUAAAUAUUUCAGUACAGAUAAGAUAACAGAAGAUGUGGUUCUGAAGAUGAUGCCUGUGAUUACAGCAUCCAGUAAAGCAAUUAUCAGCUGUGAUUCACUUGGAGUAAAAAGUUGGUCAUCUCUGGUCUCAGCGCUCAGAUCAGAAACCUCCAAACUGAGAGAACUUCAUCUGACUGUGAAAACUCUGUCUCUGUCUGAGAAUAAACUAGGAGACUCAGGAGUGAAGAGUCUCUCUGCUGGACUGGAGAAUCCUCACUGUAAAGUGGAGACACUAAAGUUGUGUGAUUGUGGUGUCUCAGAUGAAGGCUGUGCUGCUCUGACUUCAGCUCUGAGAUCAAACCCCUCACACCUGAGAGAACUGGAUCUGUACAGGAAUAAUGUAGGAGACUCAGGAGUGAAGAUUCUCUCUGCUGUACUGGAGAAUCCUAACUGUAAAGUGGAGAAACUGUGUUUGUGUAAGUGUGGUGUCUCAGAUGAAGGCUGUGCUGCUCUGACUUCAGCUCUGAGAUCAAACCCCUCACACCUGAGACACCUGAGUCUGUCUGAUAAUAAACUAGGAGACUCAGGAGUGAAGAUUCUCUCUGCUUUACUGGAGAAUCCUCACUGUAAACUGGAGACACUGAGGUUAUGUGAGUGUGGUGUCUCAAAUGAAGGCUGUGCUGCUCUGACUUUAGCUCUGAGAUCAAACCCCUCACACCUGAGAGAACUGGAUCUGUCUGAUAAUAAACUAGGAGACUCAGCAAAGAAGCUGUUCUUUGACAUUAAGGAUGAUAAACAUUACAAACUACAGACACUGUGGUUCUAAUGAAUAUCUGUGUGUGAUGAAGAUUCCAGUGUUCCUGCAUUACCAUGAUGGAGAAUAGAGAAUAUGUUUAUUAACACAUCACUCAUUUAGUUCUAACACAUUAAACAGACUCAGAGACAUGAGAAGUGUGUGUUCAUCGUGUACAGUGACUCAGACUAAACACAAUUCUACACUGAGUCUACACUGACCUCUGAUCCCUGGAUAAAAUUCCCUGGACCUCAAUCCCAUAAAAACCUGAGGGAUUAUUUGUAACAGCAGGACAAAAAGCACAUGAACUUGAGCUGAACCCAGUCAGUGGAAGAAAAAUAAAAGGAACACUUUCAAGACCUGGAAUUCUCACCUGUUAGGUCUGGCAUCCGGUUGAGUUCAUCUGAGGAGUUCAUCUGAGGAAACCCCUAGGAGACUCGCUGCUUGUCCAGUCAAAUAAGUGGACCAGAAACACACCAUUUAGUUGUUGUUUUAAUUAUGGAAAAUAACGAUAUCUUUCAAACCACUGUUGUACACAGUGUUAUUUUAAGUGUUAUGCCAAUAAUGACAAAGUACUUUUUUAAUUUGUUUUGCAGAAAAAAAUACCAUUUUUGUUAAUGAUUUUUUUAAAAUUACGUACAAAUUUAUCUGAAAUGACAAUAUUUAACUGAAUUUAAACAUGUUGCUCAUUAUAUAAUUUUUUUUUUUACUUUUUUCACUCUAACAAUCUAACAUUUUUCCUUGUAAUUUUAAGGUAACUCUUGUUAGUUUUAUAUUUAUAUGUACUUUUACAUUUCGACUUUGCAAUUCUGGAUACAAAUUUAGUCUAGCUUUUGACAAAUCUAUACAAAAAUUAUCUUUGCUUACAUCAUUAACUGAAAUACAUUAGAGACUGUUUCUAUUUAUAGUGAGAAGUGUAACAAUUACAGCUUAUAUUGUCCCAUAUCAGGGAUGGCUAAUGGCCUAACCACUGCAGUCAACACCUUGGACCUGGCUGGCCCAGAGCUAUGCAGAACGAUAAAAACAACAGAUGGAUUUGCAAUAAACUCACUCCAUGCAAGUAAAUGGAAGUCUAAAUAGCUAUGAAUGCGAAUCAGUGCUGCUUUGGACAGAGGUAUAACCUUAAACUAA